GUCUAUGAAGAAAAAACUGCUAAAAUACACUAGAUAUAAAAAGAGAAUCUAACUAAAGUCUAAAUCUAGAUCUAGAGCUCAAUUGAAACACCGUGGCUAAAAUCUUCUCUGGAUUUUUUGUGGCCUACAUUAUACAUGACAUGGGUGUUGAUAUUUUGUCUGUCAUUUGGCCUACAUAAUACAUUAGUUAGGUAGACUAGUUCAGGCUAGGUAGGCCCUCUUAAUCCUUAUACAUAUAAAUCUAGACAUCUAAAUUAUUCUAGUCUUAGUUCGAACCCUUGCGGGAGGUUUGAGCUAGUAUGGAGUAAUCUAAUCUUCAAUUCUGAUGGAACAUCCGAAGCAAGUCCAAACAAAAAGCCUACUUUUAAGACAUUUAACUAAAACAUAAGAAAAACUGGGGCCCAGAUUUAUAUGGUAGAUUGUUACCGUACUGGCUAAUUGAUCAACAAGAGCAUAAAACGUUGCAGAUAAUGGAAGCAACUGAUAAAGAACUCAUUAUACAUCCUGACAAUCUUCGAGCAUUCAUUUUAAAAUGCCUUCAAAGUGUUGGGACUCCAAAGCAGCAAGCUGAAGAUUUAACAGAACUUUUAGUUUCUGCUGACCAACGUGGACACUACAGUCAUGGAGUUAACAGAUUGGAUUUUUACCUCAGUGAUAUCACGAAUGGACUCACAUGUGUGGACAAAGAACCUGAGGUAAUCAAAGAAACAGUUUCAACAGCUCUUGUAGAGGGAAACAAUUGCUUAGGCCCAGUGGUUGGCAAAUACUGCAUCGACAUUGCCAUUCAAAAAGCUAAAACAACAGGUAUAGGUUGGGUAAGUGCUAGAGGAUCCAAUCAUUUUGGCAUAGCAGGAUGGUAUAGUAUAAGAGCUAUGCAGCAAGGAUUAAUUGGCAUGGCUUUUUGUAAUACAUCUCCCAAUAUGAUUCCUACCAGAGCAAAAAAGAUGACUCUUGGUACCAAUCCUAUAUCAGUAGCUGCAAAGGGAAAUAAUAAUGAGGACUUUGUAUUAGAUAUGGCCACUACUGCUGUUGCUCAAGGGAAAGUUGAAAUAAAGCGUUGCUUGGGCCAAAGUGUACCAGUUGGGUGGGGUUUGGAUCGAAACGGAAAGCCCACUACAGAUACUGAAGAAGUUCUCUAUCAUGGUGGACUUAAUCCUUUAGGUGGCUUAGAAGAAACAAGUGGCUACAAGGGUUAUGGACUUGCUUUUAUGGUAGAAUUAUUUUGUGGUAUUUUGAGUGGUUCUACUUUUGGAACUAAUGUGCGACAUUGGGCAGGUCACAGUAGUCCAGCUGACCUGGGUCAGUGCUUCGUUGCAAUAGACCCAAAGGCUUUUGCUCCUGGAUUUGAAACUAGAUUAUCUACUUUGAUUCACCAGUGUAAGGAUCAAGAACCGGCUGAAGGCAACACAGAAAUCCUUGUACCAGGAGAGCCUGAAAAAAUUCAUAUAAAACUCUGUGAAAUGCUUGGAGGCAUUCCAUAUCAUCCUAAUCAAAUUGAUUAUGUGGAUUCUAUAGCUGAGAAAUACGGGAUAGAAAAAUUAGUACGAUAUUGACAUAAAUAAUAUUGCAUUCUAGAAAUAUUCUUUUUGCUGUAUUUCAAAUAACUUUAAAAUUGUAUACUGUGAUUUUACUUACAUUUUUAUUUUAUUUAGUCAGAAUUUUUAUUGAUUUUUAAAUUACUGUACUGGUGAUGAUAAUAUUAAUAAAUAAGAAAAUGGA